GUGCCAACUUCAAAGCUUCGAGAUUGUGCACCCUUUCGAUGUCGCACGGGGAACUGGCACAAUUGAGGAGGUAGUUGAACAAACUGCUCAAUUCUUGCAACUUGAAGCCCUCCAUGGUGCCACACAGAGUCCCAUUAUUGUUCCAAAACAGGCAGGAUGGUUAGCUGCGGAUAUGCGUCGACUAUCCGGUCCUAAACAAUGGUGCAGUGACGAGUGGCAGAGCGGCUAA